UGUCAAACGAGACAGACAGACAGCAAAGAAGAGAACGCGAAUUUGCUUUUGAAAACCAGCCGCAAAAUAGUUGGAACAGUUUUUCGAGUUGUUUAUUCCGGGUUAAAUCGCACCAUAGGACCACAAUUUAGCGUGAAAAGUGUUCGUUUGGCCAUCCCCCAAGGAAACCAUUCAGUAUUGCCGCGGGAAAGGUGUUAAUUCCGGUCAAAUUGGGUGGAUUUUGUUUGGGAAUUGCACCAGUGGAACGUUUCAACUAACGCCGGGUUUUGAUAAGCAAGAAAGGGAAAGUAAACAAGAUGUCGCACACGAUUCUGCUCGUUCAGCCGGCCCGGAAUCCGGAGACGCGAACGUACAGCGACUACGAGAGCGUAAACGAGUGCAUGGAGGGCGUGUGCAAGAUCUACGAGGAGCACCUGAAGCGGCGCAACCCGAACACGCCCACCAUCACCUACGACAUUAGCCAGCUGUUUGAUUUUGUUGACCAGCUCGCGGACCUGAGCUGCCUCGUGUACCAAAAGUCGACCAACACGUACGCGCCGUACAACAAGGAGUGGAUCAAGGAGAAGAUUUACGUGCUGCUGCGGCAAGCGGCCGGAACCACCCCGUAAAUCAGCCCACCUACCAACCAACACACUCUCAAAACUAUUAACAUUACGGACAGACGACGAGGACGACAAACCGACAAGAUUAUUUUUUUUUUUUCAUUUAUCUGGUCCAAACUUUGAAUCUUCUAUUCAUACAACAAAGAAAUAAUGCUAUUAUUUUGAUUUCUUUUAAUUCUUUUUUUUUGAAUAAAUUAAAUAAAAGAGGGGGGGAGGGGAAACGGAGCCAGAAGUUGAAUUACAAACUACGAAACCGCGACUUGGGGAGAAGGAAGAAGAGUGCGAAAGACAGACGCUUUUGUGUAUUUAAUUUACAGAUUAAUUUUAAAUGAUAAGAUUUUCCCGUCAUGAAAUGUAAGGCAGUCCAGCGAAAACAAAGUAAUAAAAUCAAAUAAAAAUAAUAAUCGAUAAAA